UCAGCGACUCAAUAAGAUAAAGCUGCUCUAGGAACCUAGUUCAUUAAUUUGGUGCAGUGAAAGCAUCUUUUUUGGAUCAUAUCAUGACAAGAACAAAGAGAACAUCUUUACUUUUCCUGCUUGUUCAACUCCCUGCAUUUUCAUCUUUUACGGCUAGUUUAUAUGAAGAACCUUGCUGUAUCUUAGACAAGCGCUUUGGAGAAUUUUGCCCGACAACAUGUGGAGUCAGUAGCUUCUAUCAAGAUUUCCAAAACACUGUUAACAAUGAACUUCAGGAUAUUGAAAAAGAUUUGAAUAUGAUUCAUAAUGUAUCCACUCUAACCAAAAAUAAAAUUGAUAAUAUUGCACAGACAAAUGUUAUCAUAAAGAAACAAUCACCAGAUACUUACAUCCAAAAGUUAAGAGAGAUACAGUCAGAGAUUCUGGUGUAUGAAAAAAACAGUAGAGAGACAGAUACGGAAAUAUUGGAACUGGAAAACAUAGUAUCAAUGAACAAUGAGAAAAUAAUAAAUUUAAAGAAACUUACUCAACAGCUUCAUGUCAGAUGCAGUGCGCCAUGUCAAGACACAGUUCAAGUUAAUGAAAUUACAGGCCGAGACUGCCAAGACAUUGCCGAUCAGGGUGCAAGAACAAAUGGUCUUUAUUACGUUAAACCACUGAGAUCCCGUCGGCAGUUCUUGGUGUACUGUGAGAUAGAUGACACUGGAAGAGGCUGGACAGUGCUGCAGAGGAGGCUCGAUGGCAGUGUGAACUUCGCUCAAUAUUGGAUUCCUUAUAGAGAAGGAUUUGGAUAUUUGUCACCUGAUGAUAGCACAGAAUACUGGCUUGGCAAUGAGAAGAUACAUUUAUUAACUACACAGGGUGGUGGGCCCUAUUUGCUCGAAGUUGUCCUGAAGGACUGGUCAAAUGAACACAGAACUGCUCAGUAUAUGGAUUUUAAAGUGGGAAGUGAAGAGGACAAAUAUCGUUUGCGUUAUAGUUAUUUUGAAGGAGGAGAUGCUGGAAAUGCUUUCGAAGGUUUCAACUUUGAUGGUGACCCCAGCAGUGUAUUCUUAACAGCACAUAAUGGAAUGCAGUUCAGUACACCAGAUGCUGACAAUGAUAAAUUCGAGCAGGCUAACUGUGCUGAACAGGAUCAGUCUGGCUGGUGGAUGAACAAAUGCCAUGCAGCAAAUCUUAAUGGCAAAUAUUACCAAGGUGGAAUUUAUUCAGCUGCUGAAACUACAAGUGGAUAUGACAACGGAAUUAUCUGGGCAACAUGGCAUGACCGCUGGUAUUCUCUUAAAGAGACCACAAUGAAAAUCAUGCCAUACAAGAAAUAUGCACAAUUACGAACCCAAAUAACACAGGGUCAACUUCAGAGAGGUGAUUUUUAAUGGAUUCAAGCAUAAUUACAUUUCAUGGAGAGACAUAAUAUGGCUACUGAGUUACCAUUUGAAUGUCUUAAGUUUGAAGAGCACUCAAAAUAGAAAGAUAUACUGUGUUAAUCAUUAUUCUGUCUGAAGGUAGAAUAAAGAACAUAUUGGAUUCCAAUUCAGAAUCUUUCCUCUGGGUUGUUAAUAACUUUGUUUUUGUACAUUUCUGGAAUCUAUCAUCUUUCACUGAUUUGGCAACCUUUUGAAGCAAAGUAAUAAAUCAUGUGAUUAUACCUCAUGCAAUUCACUGCCACUUUUCUUAUCAUUGACAACCUUUAGCUGUCUUUAAUGAUACAUUCUUCAUUUUGUAACUUCUUCAGAAAUAAAAGACUCUGUUAUAAAUCUU